AUGUUAUCAAAAAAGAUAAAUUCCUUGUCUAAUUUAAUUUUAAAGAAAACUCAUCUUAACUAGAAUAUCUUUUACAACAUCACUGUUAGAAAAUUCACUCCACUCCACGAAUGGAUAGAUUUAGAUUAUGAAGAAAAGGUUGGAAGAAUCGGAAUAACUAACUUAGGAUUAAAAAUAAUUGGAAAUAUAGCCCGUGCAGAUAUUAAGCCUGUAGGGACUUAGUUGAAUGCAGAUGAUGCUUUUGCUUAAGUAAUAGGAUAGCAUUAUAUAGCUGAUUUAGUCACUCCUGUUAAAACAGAAAUACUUAGUUAUAAUAAACAUUGGUUGACAGUAGCUAGUAUUCUCACACUUGAUGUAGAGGAUGAAAAUUAAUGGUUUGUAGAAAUAAAUCUCGCUGAUUAAGCUUAAUUUGAAAAAGUAGAAGGUUUAUUGAGUUAAGAACAUUAUGAAAAGAGAUUUGAGUAAUUUCAUAAAUUAGAUAUUCAUCAUGAAAACAUAGAAAAUUACUAUAAAUUAUGA